AUGGAGGAGUCCCUGGCUGCACGCGGUCUCUACCCCCAAACCCCUCCCGCCUUUGAAUCCCGCAGUGAGAUAAAUCCAACCUUGUUGAUGAGCUGGUGGGCAACGAUCUUUUCCGUGGUCAUAAUCGUGGUUCGCUUGUGUGGUCGCUAUGUGCGAAUCGAACGCUUUUUUCCAGAGGAUAAAGUGAUGACUUACAGCAUGAUUCCUCUGCUUAUUCGCAUGAUAUUAGUCCAUUAUGUCUUGGUCUAUGGCACAAACAAUGUCCAAGCGACCAGCUUGACAGCCGAGGAAAUUUCGAAGAGAGAAAUAGGAAGUAAACUGGUGCUGGCAGCUCGAAUCUUCUAUGCGAUCUUUAUCUGGACAGCAAAGCUUGCAGUGUGCGAAUUUCUCAAAAGAGUCACUGGAGUGGUUUGGCGUCAAUCAAUAGCAACCUUUUUACGAUUCAUCCACUUUUUCCUGGCCUCCACGCUGGUAGCCGUAAUCAUCGCUACACUGGCGGAAUGUCAACCAUUCGAUCAUUAUUGGCAGGUCACCCCAGACCCCGGUCCCCCCUGUCGCUGCGGCUAUGCGCAACUCAUUACCAUGGGUACCUGUGAUGUGAUCACCGAUCUCCUUCUUGUCGCUUUCCCCGUCCCGAUAAUCCUCAUGUCCCAGAUGCCUCUCAAACGCAAGUUGGCACUGGUUAUUCUCUUCUGUCUCUCUCUCGCCCUGGUCGGAAUCACUUGCUAUAGAGUCCCAUCGGUUAUCAAACGUCGCGGCAAUCAACCCUAUCGUUCCCUGAUCGCAUCUCUCGAGAUCCUCGCCGCGACAGCAGUAUCAAAUGCUGUCGUCAUCGGCUCAUUUGUCCGGGACCGCGGCGUCAAAAAACUCAAAUACAAACGUGACCUGGGCUUUGCAUCUGUCAAUGAGAGUGUGGAUAAUAGCCACGUGCGUCGAAAUACAGUGAUGCAGCAUCAAUGGGGAAGUGAUUGCGACCUUGCCGGUGAUUUAGGAAUUAGGCUCGAUCCCCGAGUUUACCCAAUGGCUUCUUCGUCGUCACAACCACCCAGCUCGGGCCCCUUCCCGAUCCCACCGUCCCCGUUGAUUGAUGCCGAAACAGGCUCUCUGAAUAGGUCAUGGUCUUUUAAACAAAGUCGUCUUUCGGACGAUCAUGUCUCGGCUACUGACAGCCUCGAUACCAAAAUCAGCCCGCACGAGUACAUUCCAACAAGCCAGUCCCCACGGGAGAAGCCUGGCUCACAUCCUUCAACACUAUCCUCUCCUCGCAUGCCACUUUUCGACGUCGGCGGUCUACUGAAUAAUGACAACGAGCGGACAGCAAGGCAACAAUCAAAUAAUACGUCCCAAAGUACUGGCAAUUUCCCUCAACCCCAAACUCCAACUUCAGCUCCAGCUCGUGCCAGGAGAACUUUCCUACAAGAUAUCGGUGCUUUAUCUUUCUCAAAUCGCCUUAUAGCCACCGAUUUGAGGGCUUCGACACCUCGAGUCACUGCAAAUACCCAUAAUCGAUCACGAUCCCAUAACCCUCCGCCUUAUAAUACCGCACCUGACAUGCAAAGUAAUGUCGAGGUUGAGCUUCAUGAUGUAGGAGGACUCUUAUCCAGGAACUCUACGCCUGGUCCCUGA